AUUCCUGCUCCUGUCCUCGAAUCCAUCCCUAUUUAAUAGAUUUUGGGAAUCCCCAUCUCCGUUUCCUUUGGGGGACUAUUCCCCAUACCCGCCCCGAAUUCCUGAAUUUGUUUGCAUAAAAAAUAUUUAUCAUACAUUUUAACAUUAAAUUUUAUAUUAAAUUAUUAUUCAACACAUUCAAAUUAAUUACAAAGUUCAACUUAACUAUUUAAAAUCACAUCAAUAUGAAAUUCUAAAGAAAAUUAAGAAAAAUUAGGAGCGGGAAGUUAACUUAGGAUUAAACAUAAAUAUUAUAAUUAUAUAUGUAUUUAUUUAAAUGUAAAUAUAUAUAUUUUCGGGUUCAGGAGUGGGGACAUCAAUAUUAUCCCUUAUCCAUAUUCGUAGGGGAUUUUUUAAGUUUCGGGAUCCUUGUAUUCGAUAUUCAUUUGUUUCUAAAAUCUCCUCCUAUUAGAAUCGGGGAUCUGACAGGAACUCGCUCUCAUACGGAUUUUUGCCAUCCUUACCUUCCCCUCCUUCUAUGGGAGGGGAGAUACUCCUCCAUUCAUUCUCUGGAUUGAGAUAUUUAUUUUUUUUGUAAAUCACAAUUUAACGUAUGUGUAAAAAUAAAUAAUUUGUGAACACAAAAAGAAAACCUUAAUGUACAUUAUUGUCAUUGGCAGAAAUGUAUCAAAUUGUGAAAAAUAAUUUGUGAAAAACAUAAAAUAAAAAAAAUUCUUAAAGGGAAUAGGAAUUCUUGAUACAUUGCAAGUGCAAGUUACGAUUUGAUAUUUGAUACAUGUGAAAAAAUAAUUUAUAAAAAAUGUAAAAAGAAAAAUUAAUACAUAUAUCAUAUUUAAUACAUAUGUCAAUUGGCAGCAAUAGGGAAACCUAUUUAAGAUAUUUAAGAUAGGAAAACCUAUUUAAGAUAUUUAUGAAAAGUAAUUACAAGGGAUUGAAUGAAAGCAAUGUAGGAAAACCUAUUUAAGAAAAGUAGUUACAAGGGAAAGGAGGGAUUUCUUUGCAAAAAAGGAGGCUCGCGCAAAAUAAAAAGAGAAUAGUUUAGAAUAUUUGGACUUUCUAGCAAAGCCGUUUAUUAAUAUGUAUGAAAAGAUAAAAUAUUCCAAUCCUUAACACAAUAGGAAACCUAAAAUCAACAGGACACCACAACCCCUAUAAAUAUUUGGGUGCACCCACAUACCAUCCCAAUUGCUUCUCAGUUCACUUCCAUUGAUCAAUCUCUGCAAUGGCUUUCACCACGAGAAAAGUUUUUCAAGUAGGCGAUGAGGUAGAAGUGUGCAGCAAGCAAGACGGGUUUCACGGUUCGUAUUAUGAAGGAAUUGUAAUUGAAAACUUGGGGGACAAGUAUAAGGUGAAGUACAGGAACCUGGUGGAGGAGAAUGACAUGUCCACCGCUCUGGAAGAGCUCGCGGAGGUGGACGAGGUCCGGCCUGUGUGCCCUAAAGUUUGGCCUGACUUUUUUCCCGGCGAGAAGGUUGAUGCGUUCGCCAACGACGGUUGGUGGGCUGGUAUCAUUACUAGGAAGAGUGGAGACGACUGGUUUGUCUACUUUCCAAGCACUUUUGAGCAUAUAGCUUACCCUAAGAAGCAUAUCAGGCUUCAUCUGGAGAGCCGCCGCAACGGAUGGGUUUCUCGCGAUGGACGGGUCUUCUCUUGCGAGGGAAAGCCGCUGUCUUGCAAGAAGAGACUGCGCAUUGUGAUGGGAGGAUCAUCAUCGACAUCUGUUAAAGCUCGACUUGUUUAAUUACUUCAUGUGUAAACGUUUUUGGUGGUUUUUUUUGUUGGAUUUCUUGGUAAUUUGUGUUGUGAUUGGCGCAAUGGUUUAUAUAUGAAUUUAGAAACUAAUAAAUUCACGUUGUUUGUGUCUAUGAAUUUAGAAACUAAAAUAAAAUAAAAUAAAAUCUUAAAACUUGGGAGUGUUCGUUCAGCAAUCAUCUCCCAAGAUUGUUGACUUCUGUCACCGUAACAUUUGUACAAUGCAAACCGAUUUUAUGGUGAAAGUGAGGCCAACAACGCUGUCAUCAAGAACCAUCACCUUUUCUUUUCUUUUUUCCUUCUCCGCAAUUUGAACUGCACCCAAUUCAUGGGUUAAUAAUAAUUUAAUUUAAAAUUAAGGAAGAGAUAAUGAGUGUAGUGUAGUCAUGUUCUUAUUUUAUUUUGU